AAAUGAACAUACAGUCAGUCCACCUAAUCUAUCUACUCACUCAGGACUCAGCUAAUAAUAAAAAGAAUAAAAAGGACAAAUUUCAAUUAGUUUUGUGAGUUGAAAUUCGGGUGAGGAAGGUAGGGUUUCUACUAUCAAUUCGAAAAACUGCAAAUUUGGUUGAGCUGAGAGAUUAUUCGCCGUUGGUUUCGGAAUCCUGCUGGUUUCGAAGUCGGGGAAGAGACAACAGAAUGGGGGAUGAAAAGGACGCCUUUUACGUUGUGUGGAAGGGGGAUAUUAUUGGAGUCUAUAAGAGCAUCAAUGAUCUUGAAUCCGUUCUUCGAUCUUCGGUGGAUGAUACUUCAGUUCGCGUGUUCAAAGGGUAUGGCUUGUCUAAAGAAGCUGAUGAGUACCUCUCGUCACACGGACUUAAGAAUGCUAUAUAUUCUAUUGAUGCCAGUGAAGCGCAAAAUGACCGUUUUGGCCAACUUAUCACAUGCCCUUUUCGAGAACCAAAUUCUUCCACGAGUAAAUCAUCUAGCAAGAAUCAUCAAGAGAAGAGACCGCAGCAGGACAUAGUUGGUUCAGCUUCUUUUGCAGCAAAUCCUCAAUUAAAACCUUCUAAAUUAGACGAUUUUCUUCAAGGUCUACCAGUUUCUUCUUACUGCAGUUCCUGUAUUAUUGAGUUUGAUGGUGCUUCAAAAGGAAACCCUGGACCAGCUGGCGCAGGGGCCGUCCUGAGAUCAGCCAAUGGGGGCAUGGUAUUUCGGCUGCGUGAAGGUGUAGGUAUUGUGACCAAUAACGUCGCUGAAUACCGAGGUGCCAUUUUAGGCUUAAGAUAUGCUCUCUCAAAAGGGUUCAAAUAUGUACGUAUGCAGGGAGACUCUAAGCUAGUCUGCAUGCAGGUUCAGGGUCUAUGGAGAACCAAAACUCAGAAUAUGGCUGACUUGUGUAAGGUGGCUAAAGAGCUCAAAGAUCAGUUUGCAUCAUUUGAGAUCCGUCAUGUUGAAAGAGAGUGCAACACUGAAGCUGACGCCAAGAAAACCCUUUUGCAUUACAUCUAA